GAACUAUUUUCUAAUCGUGUUAUCGAUAUAAUUAACGAAGCAGAUCCUGACGCUCAACCUUUGUAUUUAUACAUCUCGUUCCAAUCAGUACACGGUCCUCUAGAGGUUCCGGAACGAUUUGAAAAAUACUAUCCAGAUGUUGUCUAUCCUGACAGGAAAACGUAUAGCGGGAUGGUAUCUGCUCUAGAUGAAGCGGUGGGAAAUAUAACUGGUGCACUUGAAGCAAAUGGCUUUAUGGACAACGCUGUUAUUGUUUUUACCACUGACAAUGGUGGUAAAGCUACUGAGGGCGGUUCUAAUUAUCCGUUACGUGGCAACAAAGGCUCUUUAUGGGAAGGCGGUACCCGAGGUGUGGCCUUUGUUCAUAGUCCAACCUUAUUGAAAAAAUCGGGAUACAUUAAUUCUGAAAUGAUACACGCUGUUGACUGGUUCCCUACACUUGUACAUUUGGCUGGUGGUAAACCAGACCCUUCGUUAGACGGUGUAAACCAGUGGAAGACUAUAAGCAAAGGACUGAAAUCAGCUAGGGAUGAAUUCAUCUACAACAUCGACAAUAUUGUUGAUAAGUGGGCUAUAAGAGUUGGAGAUUACAAACUUUUAUACGGUGAAAACCCAGACGAAAUAGACUCAACUAAAAGGCUGCAAUUAUUUGAUUUGAAAAGCGACCCAUUUGAAGAGGAGGAUAUUGCCGAGAAGGAAAUUGAUAUAGUAGAAUCUUUAGUGAAAAAACUUAACUCUUAUCGCGAUACUCUAGUUCCUGCCAAUACCGGAGUUAAAGAUGUUCUUGCAAAUCCACAUAAAUUCAACCGUGACCUUUUAAGACCAGGAUGGUGUUAAUAAAAUAACUAAUUAAUAGAUACUAAUUAUUACGAUAUUGUAUAAAACAUUUGUCAAGAAGUCCAUUUAAGGUAUACUAUGCUCACCCUUGAGUAAAAUAUUUUAAUCACAGAAAUUAAUUGAAAUCUAUGAAAUUCGUAUUGCAUAUUUCUCAUUUGAAU